AUGGGAGAGAGAUGGCCCUUAGAGGAUCACCUUCGCAACCGAUCGAACUUGACGGCUCAGGCUGGCCUGAGACCCCUCAACGCCUCCACGGACGUGGGUCUACCUGGCAGCUGGAAAACGGAGUUGUCCCAGCAGUGGCUGGUGGGCAUGAGCCUCCUGAUGUCUUUGAUGGUGACCUUCAUUGUUGUGGGCAAUGGUCUGGUGAUUGCGGCCAUUGGGAGGACGCAACGGCUGCAAACCCUCACCAACGUCUUCAUCACCUCCCUGGCUUGUGCUGACUUGGUGAUGGGCUCCGUGGUGGUAUCCUUUGGUGCCACCCUAGUAGUGCGAGGCUCUUGGCUCUGGGGCUCCUUCCUAUGUGAAUGCUGGAUUUCAGUGGAUGUCUUGUGCGUGACAGCAAGCAUAGAGACCUUGUGCGUCAUUGCAAUUGACCGUUAUUUGGCCAUUACUUCGCCCUUCCGCUACCAAAGCCUCAUGACGAAGAGACGUGCCAAGAUCAUUGUCUGUGUUGUCUGGGCCAUUUCUGCCUUGGUGUCCUUCUUGCCCAUCAUGAUGCAUUGGUGGAGAGACAAAGGCCUUGAGGCUCAGGACUGCUACAAUGACCCCAGCUGCUGUGACUUUGUCACCAACAGGGCAUAUGCUAUUGCAUCCUCUGUCAUCUCCUUCUACAUCCCUCUUUUUGUUAUGAUUUUUGUCUACAUUAGAGUCUACAGAGAAGCCAAGGAGCAGAUGAAGAAGAUUGAUAGGUGUGAGGGCAGAUUCUACAAUAAUCAUCAGCAGCACCAGCAUCCAGUCCACCAGCACCUGCCUAUCUUGGGUAAUGGCCAAACUAAUAGACGAAAAACAUCCCGGAUUCUAGCUAUAAGGGAACAAAAAGCUCUUAAGACUUUGGGCAUCAUCAUGGGGGUUUUUACUCUCUGUUGGCUACCAUUUUUCUUGGUCAAUAUAGUCAAAGUCUUUAAUAGAGGUCUUGUACCAGACCAGCUCUUUGUAUUCUUCAACUGGUUGGGUUAUGCCAACUCUGCCUUCAAUCCCAUCAUUUACUGCAGGAGUCCUGAUUUUCGUAAGGCCUUCAAAAGGAUGUUGUGUUGUCCUAGAAAAGCAGACAGGAGGUUGCAUGCCAGCACUGGAGAGCUCUCUCAUUACCCUGGAGGUUUCAUCAGUACCCUGGGAAAUACGGCUCCAUGCACUCUUGGAGGGACAUGGUCUGAUUACAAUGGUGGUAUGCAGGAUGGAAGUGACUCCAGCUUGGAGGAAGGGAACAGUAAAAUCUCCUAUUCAGAGUCCAAGGUAUAAAGGGCAUGUGGUGAGUGGGAUAAAAGAAAUGGGAAGUUAUGUUGCAUACUACGGAGCAAGAAAGGGAGCCAAAACAAUAGAUAGGACAGGGGGGGGAUCUUAAAGGAAUACCUCGUGAGGUGUUCUGGCUAAUACUCAAAACUCCAGACUGACUUUUCUCAGUUGGAUGAAGAUAUUAUUUACCUGAUGUACAAAGCAGGUGAACUUAUAUACAGUAUACCUCUUAUCCAAAUUGAAGGAAAAGAAGAGUGACUGACCACUGAAAAAAAAGAAAACUAUUUGUUUUCCAAGUCAUCUGGAUUAUUAUUUUUGGAUUGCAUGCUGCAAAGGUGGCAGUGGGCAGUUUAGGUAAGUAGGGAGUGGUGUGCCAGGAAAGGAACAAAAGCAAGUUGCAAGGAAUUUGUAAAAGAAAUAUUUCAGGAAAAGUUGAAUUUGUAGCAAGGGUUCAGCCUCACAGUAAUGGAAAAGCAAGGCAGGGCUCUCCUGAUACUGAAGGAAAUAGGAAGAAGCCCUUGGCUGACAGUUUAAUUUUAGAGCUAGAGAUAACGCCCUUAGUUGUUUUUACUAUUAUUGGGUGUGUCAGUAGCACAAGUAGCCUUUUUUUUUUGUUUGCUUUUAAUUUAUUCGAUCCUUGAAAGGAAAAGGAAAAGUGCUGGCCACCUGUUUAUCUUUCCUGAGAUCGGUGUGAAUUUCAGGCAGGAAACAACUUUAGAAACCAUGCUUAAAGUCUCUUUGGAAUAAGCCAUUGAAACAUUUUCUAAUGUGUUUUGUUAUGCAGUCUGAUCAUCCGAUGCAUGUUCAGUCGGAAGCGAGUUUGAUGAAACUUGUUCCCAUAUACAGUAAGUGCUCAUUAGCUUGUAGCCUUGAAAACCUACAUGCUCCUUAAUAUCCAAGAAGGAAGAUCCAUCAGAAAUACUGCAAAUGGGGAGUAUUUUGUUUUGAUCCAAUUUCUCUCGGGUUUGGUCCUUUCGCCCAGUGAUGUCAGGGGUGAGGGGAUAUCACGUUUCUUAUCAUAUGAGACAUCAGCAGUAAGGCUAUAAAACAUCUACCUCAAGCUGUGCAUAUUGUACAGGGAAAAUGUGUUUAUAUUAAACAGCUUAUUGAUGUAUUGCUAGUUAAGGGUUUUUAAAAUAAAAAUAAAAAAAGAGUCAGGAGUAUCUCAAUAGACAAAUUGUUCACAUUGAAAAAUGAAAGAGAAAAAUUGGCUUACAAGCACCAGAAAUAUGACUGCACAUUUGAAAAGACUGAGAGGGGGUUUUUUUUCUUUUGCACAGUAUUAACAAAGUUCUCUCUGUAAGUCUUUCUCUCUCACACGCACACACAAACACACACAUUCGUAUAGACGAACCCACUGGAAAACAAAGUAGACUUGAUUUCUAUUGCUGGCUGAUUUUUUUUAAUAACAAUUUUAUGUGGUUUAACAAAGGUACUGUAAGUAUAUUCAUACCCAAGAAUUUCUAUUAGUAACUUCUCUGACUCCCAGAAAAUCAUGUGAACCUUUUGUGAAUUUAGUGCUUCAUUGUCUUUCUCCAUUUUUUACUUCUGUGCAUUUGUGUGUGUGUAUGCGAGGGACUGUAUGCACAUGCAUUUUAUAUUGUAUUUAUAUUCUGUGGGUGCCGUUUACUACUGUAUGUCAUUGGUCUACGUGCAAUAAAAAACACCGCAGUACAAACAAGUGUAUUUACAAUGUGUCUU